AUGUCGGCAACUACGGGGAUCACUCCCAGGCACUCCUUGUCCAGGUCCCCUCCCAGAGAUGGCGGUUUUAUCUCUCCGGGUUUACUGCCCGAACCGCAGCGUUCCCGGUCCCCGUCAGUCAAUCCUGGUACGUCCACUGAGAGGGCAUUGGCGUCACCGGAGGAGGUUCAGGAUUUGGCGCGCCGACGUAUAGUGGAAAGAAAUCGCCAGGUUAUUCCCCCUAUAGGCGGUCCGACAGUCAUAUUUUAUCCGGCUGAUGACUCCCUGAAGUCAUCGGAGGACACCAAACGCACACUGCAGAGCGCCAUUAAGCCAGGAUCCGAAGGCAUUAGGAUCCAAAGUGUACGGAUGGUUGGCAAAUCAAGAGUCGUAGUUCGAACUGCUAAUUUAGAGGCUGCGCAGAACCUUAAGGCAGCUGCACCAUCGUCACUAAAAGCAGCGGACCCCAAAACUCGUCUGCCGCGAAUCGUUCUACGGUUCCUACGGUCGGAUAUAUCCGAAGAGGUCUUCUUAGACGAUCUGCAGAAGCUCAAUCUGUCCGACGAUCCAGAAUGGUCCCCUGAGAAGGUCAAGGAAUCGUGCAAGGUGGCCCUGAAAAAGGAGGUAGGCACCAAGUUCCUAUACAUCUUGGAUUGCACUAUGCCACUGCGGGACCAGCUCAUACGGUUGGGCAAAGUGUACAUCGGCUGGGACGAGGCGGAGGUUAGUGACCACGUAAGGGCUACGAGCACAUAA